GCCCUCAUGACUCGAGAAGACCCUGACUCAAGCGACAUUCUCACGCUUAACCUCGGCAACUUUCCUGCGGGAACGAGGGCCAAGGUCACCCUUCGUCUGGUGAUGGAGUUGAGGGUUGAGACAGACGGCAUCAUCAGCUUUGUUUUGCCCACAGUACUCAACCCGCGCUACACCCCUGCUGACCACCCUCGCAGGCAAGAUUGGGACUGGAGGUGGGAGGAUCGAGGGGUGUAUGUGACACAGCCUUACUCCAUGGAGGUGAAGGCACAAGUAUGUGGUAACCACCAGAUAUCUCGGAUCGUCUCCCACACUGACCCACUCAACGUGACCCUGACUGAUGAUGCCAUGUCUGCCCAGGUGAGCCAGGACGGAGGGUUCAGCUGCGACCACGGCUGGAGCAUGCUGGUGUACUACAGGAGUGCCUAACGGCCCCACCUGUUGCGGGAGACCGGUGAACGCUCUGCCACUGGGAUCAUGAAGGAUGACCUGCUCAUGCUGAACCUCUUCCCAGAGGUGCCCACCAACACCUACUCCAGCAGGAAUGAGAUUAUCUUUGUCAUCGACCGCUCAGGAAGCAUGCAUGGGGAAAAGAUAGAGAGUGCCCGGGCAACACUUCUUCUGUUCCUGAAGAGUCUGCCUCUGGGUUGCCUCUUCAACAUUGUCAGCUUCGGCUCAUCCUUCUCAGUGCUCUUCAAGAAGGGGAGUCGUGUGUACUCAGAGGCAACGCUGCGUGAGGCAUGCCAGCUGCAGGCCGCGAUGAAAGCCGACAUGGGGGGCACAGAAAUCCUGGCGCCACUCAAGGACAUCUAUGACAAGCCACCCAUACCUGGCUACUCAUGACAGAUUUAAGGUACAUGUCGCAUUCUUACUCACAGCAGCAGCGUGAUUUGUCCGAGAGGGAAAAACAAAGAAAAGAAAAUGUGAAAAAUGUUAAAAAUAUAUCUUUCAAGAGAAAGAAAAAUUAAAAACGUGAAAAUGUGAAUAAAAGUAAAAAAUAAAGAAGAAAAAUAAGAUAUUGUAAUACAAUUAUGUAUGUGUGUGAAAACCGUAACGUAAAAAAUAAAACAGAAAAAAGGAAAUAAAAGAAAAAUAGUAAAAUGAUGUAUAUCAAUGGGAAAAACGGAACUUGAAAAGGACAAAAAAAAAAAAGGAAAAAAAAAAUUCAAAAUUAUUGAAGCAUGUGUGAAAAAAAAGUUAAUUUGAUGAAGAGGAUAAAUUAGCUUUUUUUCCUGCAUAAACUUGAGCCUUGCUUUUCAUGCGGCAAGAAAAACAAAGUAAAACAAUGGACGUGUUUGUAAAAAAAAAAUGCAAAGAAAAAGAAAAAAAAAUGUAACAAUUAUGGAUGGAUUCAUCCAAGAGAAUGAAAUUACACGAAGGAAAACGAAAAU